ACACAAACCAAUCAGCUGACAGCCGCAUGACAGCCAAAUCCCACGCAUGCGCAGUACGCGGCGCUCGGCAUCGGAACAUGGCAGCGUCCUGAGGCUUGUUGGUGGGGGGGAACGGCGCACCUUCAGCAUCGGAGUGGGAAAAACAGAAGCACUGGCCUCACUCGCGGGAGGCCGGGGGGGCCCGACGAUUAAAUCUCAUUCUUGAAUCGAAAGCUAGAAGGCUAGUCGUGCAGGCCUCCUGCCAUGAAGCAGAUUUGGGCCAGCUUCUUCUUGAGAGCCAGGUCCUGUGAAAAGAUGAAUGUCGUCAAAGAGAACAAAGACCUGGCCUGUUUCUACACAACCAAACACUCCUGGAGAGGAAAAUACAAGCGAGUCUUCUCAGUGGGGAGUCACGGCAUCACCACGUACAACCCGACCACGCUAGAAGUAACCAAUCAGUGGCCUUACGGAGACAUCUGCGGCAUCAGUCCUGUAGGAAAAGGUCAAGGCACCGAGUUCAGCCUCACCUUCCGCAAAGGCAGCGGCAAGAAGUCGGAAACUCUCAAGUUCUCCACAGAGCAUCGGACAGAUCUCCUCACAGAAGCGCUGAGAUUCAGAACAGAGUUUUCAGAGGGGAAGAUAACUGGCCGGCGGUACAACUGCUACAAGCACCACUGGAGCGACACGAGGAAACCUGUGAGCUUAGAGGUGACCCCUGGAGGCAUCGACCAGAUCGAUCCCCACACCAACAGAGUGGUGUGCUCCUAUGACUAUCGAAAUGUCGAGGGCUUUGUGGAGGUUUCCGAUUACCAGGGAGGGUUUUGCAUCCUCUAUGGAGGCUUCAGCAGGCUGCAUCUCUUUGCCUCGGAGCAACGAGACGACAUAAUCCGCUGUGCCAUCGAACACGCCGGAAACUUUAUCGGCAUCAUGCUGCGUCUACGGAAGGAGGCGCUGACGUUUGAGAGCUUCGUGACCGACAGGCUGGGGAAGUACAGCUCAGACGAGAGCAUCACUUCUCUGGCCGAGUUCGUGGUACAAAAGAUCUCCCCUCGACACCCGGAACCAGUGAAACGCAUCCUGGCCCUGACAGAGACGUGUCUGGUGGAGAGAGAUCCGGCUUCAUACAACAUCGUCACCAUUAAACCCUUUGGGGAGGUGUUUGCCCUCAUCUGUGACGUAGACAACCCUCAGGUGUUCACAGUUGAAUUCAUCCGAGGUCAGAUCAGGAAGUACUCCUCCACUGAACGAGACUCCCUGUUAGCCAGCCUGCUGGAUGGAGUCAGAGCGUCAGGCAACAGGGACGUGUGCGUCAAGAUGGCGUCCACGCAGAGGGGACAGAGAUGGGGUCUGCUGAGCAUGCCGGUGGACGAGGAGGUGGAGAGUUUGCAUCUCCGAUUCCUGGCAGCACCUCCCAAUGGGAACUUUGCAGACGCGGUGUUCAGAUUCAACGCCAACAUCUCCUACAGCGGCGUGCUGCACGCCGUCACCCAGGACGGUCUUUUCUCAGAGAACAAAGAGAAGCUCAUCAACAACGCCAUCCUGGCUCUUCUGUCUCCGGAGGUGGAGCUACCGACUCUCAACGCCGAGCUGGAAAGUCACUUCCAGGCCAUCCGCCGCUUGGUGGCCUCCAAGGCCGGCUUCCAGGCUUUCACCCAGCUGCCUAAGUCUGGUCAAGGGUCUGGACUCACAGAUGCAACGUUCAGAGAAAAGUUGGGCGUGAAGACGGUCAAAGCUUUAAAGAGGAACAACAACGGGGUGACUCACGCUGCUAUAGACAUGCUCUGCGCGCUCAUGUGUCCAAUGCACGAUGAUUAUGACCUGAGGCAAGAGCAGCUGAACAAGGCUUCGCUGCUGUCCUCCAAGAAGUUUCUGGAAAACCUUCUUGAAAAAUUCAUCACCAAUGUGGACCACGGGACCGGCGCUUUGGUCAUCAGCUCCUUACUGGACUUCUUAACGUUUGCACUUUGCGCUCCGUACAGUGAAACCACGGAGGGGCAGCAGUUCGACAUGCUGCUGGAGAUGGUUGCCACCAAUGGAAGAACGCUAUUUAAACUCUUCCAGCAUCCCUCCAUGGCGAUAGUAAAGGGAGCAGACUUGGUCAUGAAGGCCAUCAUUGAGGAGGGAGACAAGGAAAUAGCCACUAAAAUGCAGGAGCUGGCCCUGAGCGAAGGAGCCCUGCCGAGGCAUCUGCACACGUCUCUGUUCACCAUCAGCUCAGACCAACGGAUGCUCACCAACAGGCAGCUGAGUCGUCACCUGGUGGGACUGUGGACCGCAGAGAACCCUGUGGCGAUGAACCUCCUCAAGAGGAUCCUGCCGACGGGUUUGCUGGCGUAUCUGGACAGUACCGACUCCGUCCCGGAGAAAGACGUAGACAGAAUGCACAUCCGUGAUAACCUGAAAAUCGCCACGGACCAGCUAAAUCGCAACAAGGUGCCUGAGUGGCAGCGGAUCGCUGGGAAAGCCGCCAAAGAGGUGGAGAAGUUCGCUAAAGAAAAGGCCGAUCUGGUUCUGAUGCACUGGAGGGACAAGAUGGGGAUCGCCCAGAAGGAGCAGGACAGAAAUAACCUGAAUCCAAACCAGAAACCUGUGAUCCUGAGAAAGAGACGACAAAGAAUCAAGAUUGAAGCAAACUGGGAACUUUUCUACUACAGAUUCCAGCUCGACCACGCACGCUCCAACCUCAUCUGGAACCUUAAAACCAGGGAGGAGCUGAGGGACGCUCUGGAAGGGGAAAUGCGAGCUUUCGGUGUCGACCGCGAGCUCGGAAACGCCACAGUUAUCUCCUGGAACCACCAGGAGUUUGAGGUGAAAUACGAGUGCCUUUCAGACGAGAUCAAAAUCGGGGAUUACUAUUUGCGUCUGCUACUGGAGGAAGACGAAAACGAAGAGUCCAACGCCAUCAAGAGAUCAUACGAGUUCUUCAACGAGCUCUACCACCGCUUUCUGCUGACACCCAAAGUUACGAUGAAGUGCCUGUGCCUGCAGGCGCUUGCGAUAGUCUACGGCCGCUGUUUUGAGGAAAUCGGCCCCUUCGCAGACACGAAGUACAUCGUAGGGAUGCUGGACCGGUGUACAGAUAAAGUGGAAAGGGACAGACUCAUUCUGUUCCUGAACAAGCUCAUUCUUAAUAAGAAAAAUGUGAAAGAUGUGAUGGAUUCCAAUGGCGUUCGCAUCUUGGUGGACCUCCUUACUUUAGCCCAUCUGCACACCAGCAGAGCCACCGUCCCUCUGCAGAGCAACGUGCUGGAAGCAGCUCCAGACAUGAAGCGGGAGAGCGAGAAGGAGUGGUACUUUGGAAACGCAGACAAAGAAAGGAGAGGACCUUUCAGCUUUGAAGAAAUGCAGGAAUUUUGGAACACAGGCGUCCUCACCGCCAAAACUCGCUGCUGGGCUCAAGGAAUGGACGGUUGGCGCCCCCUACAGGCCAUCCCUCAGCUGAAGUGGUGCCUGUUGGCCACCGGACAGGCAGUGAUGAACGAGUCCGACCUGGCAACGCUGAUCCUCAACAUGCUCAUCACCAUGUGCUCCUACUACCCCAGCAGGGACCAAGACAACGCCAUCAUCCGACCUCUACCGAAGAUCAAGAGGAUGAUCAGUGACAACGCGUGUCUCCCACACAUCGUUCAGCUGCUGUUGACCUUUGACCCCAUCCUGGUGGAAAAGGUUGCAAACCUUCUGUACUUGGUGAUGCAGGACAACCCCAACCUGCAGCGCCUCUAUCUGACGGGGAUCUUCUUCUUCAUCAUGAUGUACACCGGCUCAAACGUUCUCCCUGUGGCGAGGUUCUUGAAGUACACUCACCUGAAGCAGGCCUUCAAAUCGGAGGAGGCGAAAGGUCAGGACAUUGUGCAGCGGAGCGUCCUGGGUCCUGUCUUACCCGAGGCCAUGGUCUGUUAUCUGGAGAACUACGACCCCGAACGCUUCUCUGAGAUAUUCCUCGGGGAAUUCGACACACCUGAAGCCAUCUGGAGCAGUGAAAUGAGGCGGAUGAUGAUAGAGAAGAUCGCCGCCCAUAUUGCUGACUUCAGCCCCAGACUGCAGAGUAACACUAGAGCGCUUUACCAGUACUGCCCCAUUCCCGUGAUCAGCUUCCCUCAGCUGGACAACGAACUCUUCUGCAACAUCUACUACCUCCGACAUCUGUGCGACACCACCCGCUUCCCCAACUGGCCGAUUCGAGAUCCGGUGAAGCUGCUGAAAGACACUCUUGAAGCCUGGAAGAGAGAAGUAGAGAAGAAGCCUCCAUCCAUGUCCGUGGACGACGCCUACGAAGUCCUCAACCUCCCCAAAGGACAGGGCCAACAUGAAGAAAGUAAGAUCAGAAAAGCGUAUUUCAGACUGGCGCAGAAGUACCAUCCCGACAAGAAUCCAGAGGGAAGGGACAUGUUUGAGAAAGUGAACAAAGCCUACGAGUUCCUCUGCACCAAGUCUGCCCGAAUCGUGGACGGCCCCGACCCGGAGAACAUCAUCCUCAUCCUCAAAGCCCAGAGCAUCCUGUUCAACCUGCACAAAAAAGAGCUGGAGCCGUACAAAUAUGCCGGCUACCCCAUGCUCAUCAAAACCAUCACCAUGGAGACGGAGGACGAGCAGCUGUUCUCCAAAACGUCGCCUCUGCUGCCGGCUGCUGCUGAACUGGCCUUCCACACUGUGAGCUGCUCGGCUCUGAACGCCGAAGAGCUGCGCCGCGAGAACGGCAUCGAGAUCUUGUUGGAGGCGCUUUCUCGCUGUGUUGCUGUUCUGACGGCGUCCAGUAAACCAGAGGACAUGGCGGUGCAGGUGUGCGGGCAUACCUGUAGGUGCUACAGCGUGGCGGCCCAGUUUGAAGAGUGCAGAGAAAAGAUCAUCGAACAGCCCAACAUCAUCCGUGACCUCUGUCACAUCCUGUACUACGGAAAGACUCUCCCAAAGACCGCCGCUCUGGCGGUUCAGUGCGUCAGCUCCUUUGCGGUGGACUUCUUCCUGCAGACUCAUCUCUACCACGCCGGCGUGCUUUGGCACCUUCUGGUCUACCUGUUCGGCUACGACUACACCCUGGAGGAGAGCGGCGUUCAGGCCAACCAGGACACCAACCAGCAGGAAGUGGCCAACAACCUGGCCAAGCUCAGCCUGGUGGCUCUCAGCCGCCUCGGAGGCUUCGCGCCGACGCCCCCCACGCCAGACGGCAGCAAUCCAGUUUCAGAGACCAACGGCGUCGAGGGCACCCCACCCGAGAACCCCACCAUCCGCAAGAGCCUAGCCGCCAUGCUCACGCCGUACAUCUCCAGGAAGCUGGGAACGGGAACUCCCGCUGAGGUCUUGAAGCUGCUGAACAGCAACUCUGAAAACCCCUACCUGAUCUGGAACAACGGAACCCGAGCCGAGCUGCUGGAGUUCCUGGAGGCCCAACAGGAGGGGAACAUCAAGAGGGGAGAAAAUGAUAAAAGCUUCGGUGCAGAGUUCCUGUUCAGCGAUCACAGCAAAGAGCUCAUCGUGGGGGAGAUCUUUGUGCGAGUUUACAACGAGCAGCCUACGUUCCCCCUAGAGUAUCCCAAAGCGUUUGCUGCCAGCUUGCUGGACUACGUGGGCUCCCAGGCCCAGUACCUCCACACUCUGCUAGCCAUGAGUCACAGCAACAAGGUGGAGUCCCAGCAGCACGCGGAGAGGCUUCGCUUCGCUGAGAUGGCUUUAGAAGCUCUCCGCAACGUUAUCAAGAACAACCCAGGUUCAGAGACGGAGUGCAUCGGACAUUUCAAGCUUCUCUUCUCGUUGCUGCGCGUUCACGGAGCUGGCAGAGUGCAGCAGCUGGUUCUGGAGGUCGUCAGUACGGUGACGUCGAACCAGGAAUGUGUCAGCAACAUUGCAGAGUCCAUGGUGUUGUCCAACCUGUUGCUGCUGCUGCAUUCCCUUCCUUCCAGCCGACAGUUGGUGUUGGAAACCCUCCACGCGCUCACGUCAAACACAAAAAUUGUCAAAGAGGCUAUGGCCAAAGGUGCUCUCAUCUACUUACUGGACCUCUUCUGUAACUGCACACACCCUCAGGUUCGCACUCAAACCGCAGAACUCUUCUCCAAGAUGACCUCAGACAAGCUGGUUGGACCAAAGGUGCGUCUGACACUAAUGCGUUUCCUUCCGGGCGUUUUCAUGGACGCUAUGCGAGACAACGCGGAGGCGGCGGUUCAUAUUUUUGAAGGAACUCACGAGAACCCGGAGCUCAUCUGGAAUGACGGCUCCAGGGAAAAAGUGUCCACCACCGUGCGGGAGAUGAUGCUGGAUCACUUUAAACAGCAGAAGGAUAAUCCUGAUGUGAACUGGAAAUUACCGGAUGACUUCACUGUGGCGUACGGAGCUGGGCAGGGCGAGCUGGAGGUGGGCGGAGUCUUCCUGCGCAUCUUCAUCGCUCAGCCCGGCUGGGUGCUACGCAAGCCGCGAGAGUUCCUGGUUUCUCUCCUCGAAACGUUGACCGAACUGCUGGAGAAAAACAACCCCAACGGUGAGGCCCUGGAGACGGUUACCACGGCAACCGUCUGCCUGUUCAGCACGCAGAGCCAGUUGGCUGACCAGGUUCCUCCUCUGGGUCACCUUCCUCGCAUCAUAGCGGCGCUCAACCACAAGAACAACGCCAUCCCCAAGAGCUCCAUCCGCGUCAUCCACGUCUUAUCAGACAACGAGCUCUGCGUUCGCUCCAUGGCGUCUCUGGAGACGAUCGGUCCUCUGAUGGCCGCCAUGAAAGUCCGCGCAGACAUGGCGGGCGUGGCCUGUGAAGCUCUUAACCGCAUGUUUCAGAAGGAGCAGACGGAUCUGGUGGCUCAGGCUCUGAGAGUGGAUUUAGUUCCGUACCUCCUGAAGUUACUGGAAGGAGUCGGUCUGGAGACGAUAGAAAACCCUUCAGCCACUAAAGCCCAGAUAGUUAAAGCUCUGAAGUCCAUGACUCGCAGUCUGCAGUACGGAGAGCAGGUGAACGAAAUCCUUUCAAAGUCCUCAGUGUGGAGUGCCUUCAAAGACCAGAAACACGACCUUUUCAUCUCAGAUUCUCAGACAGCCGGCUACCUUACAGGGGUUUCCACUCCUUCUCUCCUGGCCGCCAGCAGCCCACUGCGAGGUGGGCUCUAGACUCCAGAACUGGGUCCUCACAGCCCUCCUCUCGCUUGCUCUGAAGCAGGUCCAGGAGUGGCGGGUUACCUAACAGCAGGAACUGGCACCACAGUUUUAUCCAGCGUCCCACCCCCCGUGGACAACGACAUCGGAGACCUCGGCUGAAGACGCGGGGCGCGGUCCCGCUCAGGCGCUCGGACCGCCCUGCAGCCUCACCAACGGACUGUUUGGUCAGCAGAAAAGGUCACGGAGAAGGAAAAGAAGAAGAGCGGGCCUUUACUUAACUGUCACAAAACCUUUCAGACACCAAUCUCCCUCCUUUCAAAAGAGAAAAGAAAAUUACACACGGAAGUCUUCAGAAACUUUUUGCUUUUUAGUGACCACAUCUGUUUUGUUUCUAUUAAAUUUUUCUUGUUUUUUUCCAACAGCAGAAAAAGUUUACUUUUGUAUGAAUAUAUUUUUUACUCAAGAUUUUUUUCUAGGAAACCAAGGCUUGUUAUUUAGGGAUUUUGUUUUUCUUUCCUCCUUUCAUUUAGUUUCUUCUGUCAAAUUCUGAGGGGUUUAACUGAAAUUACAUUCUGAGGGGAUUUGCCUUCAUUGUAUCUGGACCUGUGCGCCUCUCACAUAAACACGUAGUUAACAAAUACGGCAGAAAUGGGAAAAGGAUGACUCCUCUGUUCGAUUUCCACAUGAACAAAUGAUGAUCAAGACACCAAUCUGCUCUCUUUGAUGUCCAGCCUUUUAUUCCUCAUCAUUCACUCUGUUUUCUCUAAAGUUUAAUCCUCUUCCCUGACUUUUUAAGUAAUUUCUCCUCCCAGAAAGCAAAAAGCACUAGAAUAUUUAUAAAUGGAAAAUUAACCACCGGAAUUGAGCUUCUGCUGACGUGAUGAAUGACUGAUUAUGAAUCUUUGUGAAAGACUAGUGCAAUUUGUGAAAUGUUCCAUGUAAUAUUGCGUAUAUAAACUUUCUACAUGAAUGUACAUUUAAAAUAAAAAAAAUCUGUCACACUUGUACAUAAAAUUUUAAGAAUAAAAGGGAACCCACAGUGUU